CCAGGUUAUGAAGGCAGAAUGGAGUUCCCGGACCACAGCCGGCAGCUGCUGCAGUGCCUGAGUCAGCAGAGACACCAAGGAUUCCUGUGCGACUCCACUGUGCUCGUUGGGGAAGCUCGGUUCCAGGCUCACAGAGCUGUGCUGGCUUCCUGCAGCAUGUACUUCUACCUCUUCUACAGGGACCAGUUAGACAAAAGGGAGAUUGUACAUCUGAACAGUGACAUUGUCACGGCCCCAGCCUUCAGCCUGCUGCUUGAAUUCAUGUAUGAGGGCAAGCUGGAGUUGAGCAGCCUGCCCAUUGAGGACAUCCUAGCCGCUGCCAGCUACCUCCACAUGUAUGACAUUGUCAAAGUCUGCAAGGGUAAACUAAAGGAAAAAGAAUUAGUGGCAGAGGAAGAGAAGGACAGACCCUUCCUGGGCCCCAGCAUAUCCCUGGGCCACGAGUUAGACCUGGCCAGCCAGCCACGGUUCAGCCCCCUAGAGUAUGAUCGGGCUGGAGCCCACCCCGCCUGGCCCACCAACCUUAUGGGGCCUUCCUCACUGUCGAAAAAAGCAGAGCUGAGUCCGAGUCCUGGGAAGGCCAAACCCUUGGAUAAUGAUGUGGUGGUCUCUCUGUCUCAGAGGUCUGAGCUCCCCAUUCCCAGCCAGGGCCCCGGUGACUCAGAGUGUGCCCUGGAUCUGUCUCUGAAGCCCAUUUCAGGGAGGGAUGCCCUCCACAACUCCUACGUCUUUAGACAGCUGGCUUCUGAUCAUCGGCAGCAGCAGCAGCAGCAGCAGCAGGAAGCCGAGCUGAUGGUGAAAGAUGAACAGGACUCAUUGUCAGACCCGGAGGAAGCGGAGGCAAGGAGUCCAGAGGGCCAGCCAUUUGGGCCUGUGGCUAAAAGCCUGGUCACAGGCCUGGGCCACAUGUUUCACGGCCAGGAAGAUGAGCUGGACCCGGAGCGGGAGGAGAGCGAAGAUGACCUGGAUGCGUCAGACUUCUCGGCUUCAGAGGUGCUGGGGCCCCCUGGCCACAUCUGCAUCUGCCCCCUCUGCAGCAAGGUGUUCCCCAACCCCCACGUCCUGCAGCUGCACCUGAGCUCUCACUUCCGAGACAAGGAUGGUGGCUCCAGGGCUCGACUGUCACCAGAGGGGUCGGUGCCCACCUGUACGUUGUGUGGGAAGACCUUCUCGUGCAUGUACACCCUUAAGAGGCACGAGCGGACGCACUCAGGCGAGAAGCCAUACACUUGUGUGCAGUGUGGCAAGAGCUUCCAGUACUCCCACAACCUUAGCCGGCACGCGGUAGUGCACACUCGAGAAAAGCCUCACGCCUGCAAGUGGUGUGAGCGCCGUUUUACGCAGUCUGGGGAUUUGUACCGGCACAUUCGAAAGUUCCACUGUGGCCUUGUCAAGUCCCUGGUAGUUUGA